UACAAAUGUUGCAGGUACGGGUUCGUGGUGACGAGGUCGGCCCACCAGGUGUGGCGCCCUCUGGUGACGACAGGACAAGUGGGGCCGCCCACGAGCGAGCGCGGGCCGGCGCCGGGCGAGCACGCGGCGCCGCGCACCGUCGGCGACGACGUCUCCUCCGACUCCGACGCGGCGCGUGCCGAAGAUGACGAUGACAUAGCUAUAGUAGAAAAAACUUUAGUGACCAUAGACUUAUCAGAAGAUAUUAGAGAAGAAGAUAAGACUAAAAAAGUAGUGACUACGAAAGGAAAAGCAGCCGCCAGUUCUAAAACAGAAAGUUAUGGUCAUGAGGCGGCAGAAAAAGACGAAAUAAUGAUUGUAGAGAAUGCCACUGCAAAUGCGUCUGAUAACCGCAUAGCACUCUUACAAAAGCGAAAGUCAAGUAAACCUGGCAACAAACCUGAUAAAAACCACCCUGCUUGUAGUAAAUGCAAGAAAAUAGCAAAACAAAAACAAAUAGAUAAAACUAUAGACAAAAAUAAAGAGAUAGUAGAUCUAGACGCACCGAGCCCUCCUACAGAUGUUUUAGAAGCUUUGCAAGACUUGGACGUUAAUAAUUUUGAAACGACAAUAGUGUUUGAUAGCGAUGAAGAAGAUGUUAGACCAAAUGUUGAUAAAAAAUCGGAAGUUUCUAAUGAGCCUAAUGAAGAUAGUGUUCCUAGUACAAAUGAUAAUGAAUCUCAGAUGAAUGAGAAGGCAGAAAAAAGACGUCAAAGAGAAUCUAGUGAUUCAAGCAAUGGAAAUUUGGUCAUAGAUGAUGACGCUAACAUUGAAUAUGAGAGCAGUAAUAGUGAUUCAGAAGACACAACCCUAAGACGUAGUAACAUGAAAUACAAUAUUUACGACAAGAAACGUUUUCAUGAAUAUAACCCGAAUGCAAAGGAGAAAGUAGAAAGAAGAACAAAGAUAAGUCAAGUGACAGGAAGUGAUCCUAUGAAAGAGGUGACAGGGGAGACUAAUGAUGGUGAAGAGAACGCGGAAUCGAGUUCUGAUGAUGGCAGUCGCAGCAGCGACAGCUCGGGAGGGAAAGAGAGGGAACUGGGAGAAGAAGAGGGGAGUAUUGAUCCGAAGCUGCUCAUGUACGCAGUAGUAUUACUGGAAAGAAUCGACGUAUGUUCGCUCCGUCCCGCAUCACGGGCAUCUUCUAAAUCACCAUCAACAACACCACGCUCUUCAACCCCAGAAUCUCUACCAAUAAAGACGGAACCAAUUCUCUCGCCGUCUAGGUCACCUAUAAGAGAUACAUCAUCACCACCUAUGCCUGAAAGAGCAUCUUCUCCACUUUUAUCUAGAAUAAUCCCACCCCCACCCCUUGACCCAUCUCCAAUGUUAUCUAAAAUAACCCCACCCCCACCCCUCGGUCCAUCUCCAAUGUUAUCUAAAAUAACCCUACCCCCACCCCUUGACCCAUCUCCAAUGUUAUCUAAAAUAACCCUACCCCCACCCCUUGACCCAUCUCCAAUGUUAUCUAAAAUAACCCUACCCCCACCCCUUGACCCAUCUCCAAUGUUAUCUAAAAUAACCCCACCCCCACCCCUCGGUCCAUCUCCACUUUUCACCAGAACCUCGCCCCCACCCCUCAGAAUAUUAAAACCCGAUCCCGAUCCUGAUUCCUUAUUCCAGUUUUUCGCUGCAACUUUGCCUCAUGAAUUCGUUUUCAACAAAACUAACAUACCAUUGUUGAGAAUGUGUAAGUUCUGUUCCGUGGUGCUGCAAAGAGUCGAUUUGACUGAUAAGGGGAAAAUGGGGAACAGAGUAGCGAAGAAAGUGGAGUUGCCGGAUAUAGAGGAAGUGAGAAGAAAUAAUAGGAGCAUGCUGACGGCGCAGGUCGCGCCGCGCCGAGCGAGACGGAUGUCCGGCUCGACGCCCUCGCCAUCAAGCGGCUCCGACUCGGACUGGACGCCCGACGCGAGCGACAGCUCGGCCGUCCGGAGAACACAGCGACGCACCGCCGAGUCGGAAUCCGACUCGAGAACACCGCGACAUAACACGGACGAGUCAAGUUCCGACUCGAGAGCGACGCAGCGACGCGACUCGGAGUCGGAUUCCGACGAGGGCUCGCAAGGAGUGUCGCAGCGACGGACCGCGGACGGUUCCACGUUCGGCGUGUGGGGAGCGCGCCAGCGGGUCAAGGAAGCCGAACUGCAGCGGAUGCUUGACAACUUGGCGGGUAUAGAUGGCGAAAAAGAUUGCGAUCACAUCAAGUCAACCAGUAUGCGAGGGCCCGCGGCCGCGUUGCUGUCGUCCAAUUGCGCGCGCUGCGCGGCGCGCGUGCUGUCGGCUCCACCAAUCAGCGGCCACGAGGCGCGCCUGCAGCGACAGCUGCUGCGCCGCGCCGCGCGCAUGGCCAGGACACCCACGGCAUUCCCUGCUACGACUUCCACUGCCGCCACCCCUCCCGCCGCCGUGCCUACAACUGUCACUUCUACCACCGCUGCCGUUUCUACCACCGGUGCCGUUUCUACCGCCGCCGCCGUUUCUACCGCCGCCGCCGUCACCACCGCUACGCCCAUUGUUGUUAUGACUAAGGCUCCGGAAAUUGUACAUAGAGCUAAAAAAAGCAAGAAACGCCCGCACUCGCCCUCCCACCCCCCGCGGCCCCGCACCCCGACAUCCCCCGUAGACCCGGAAGCCGCGGCGCGCGAGUGGCUCCGACAGAAGAAUAUAGCCGCAGAGAAGUUCGGCAUCAAGCCCCGCAGCUACAAGAAGAUUGCUCCAGCGGUUCAAGAUAGCGCACCAGCCACUAUACAGCCUGUAGAAGCUAGCAGCGAUAUGGUACCGAAACCGCCCCAACAAUCAAACGAGAUUACAAUAUUACUGACCAGCAACGCAGAGGGCGCCACUGUGAUGCCCCUCACCGAGGAGAACCUCGCGCGACACACCGGACAGGGCUUCAGAGCAGCCACCAGCAGCACCACGCCCACGCUCUUCAACCCCUCCGCUGUUGCGGACAUCAAUAAAAAACUAGGAGCGCUAGCCCCGACCAAAACUCUAGACUUUCUACCGAUCCUAAAACCCGCAAACACUGAUAAACUCCAAACUACAAAGGCGAAUGUAGGAUUUCGACCAGUGAUAACUACUACGAGGAUCAAUGACGACUUCCGGCCGGUGAUAACCAACGUGCAGUCUCUCGCCAGCCUGCCGAAGACGUCUGUCAAAAUAGUCCCGAGAGACAUGCCCGACCUGAACAACCAUGAAGUGUUCGCGGUGGUCAAUAAGAAGGACCCGAAAGCGAGCAAGAAUAUCAUAAUAAUACCUUCCACCCGAAAUCCGCCUAAAAAGCAAGAGGAAGCGAAAACUAAAGAACACACAGAAAACUUGCCGCAAUUAGUAAAUGUUUCUGGCGGAGUACAUUUACCGCCGUCGAGUGUGGGGCAAGGACUACAUCUAGUUGUAUCUCAGUCUCCGCAAAAACACACUAUUUUAAAUUUCCAGCCGAGUGUAUCUCAAAAAAAUUAUAUACCAAAUAUAGUGGUAUCUGGUAGUAUGAUCCAAGGAGUGGAAACCAGACCGAAGUCUACUAGUAACUCUCGUCCGAACCUGGUCACGUCCGUGUCGCAGAGACCACCGCUGAUACUGAACUCGGUGUUGGCCGGGCAGUCAUCGCAACAACAGUUUACGUUGUUAAACUCGACACAAAUGCGCGCCGUGCCGCGUUCGUCCACGGUAGUGACAACUUCGGCGCCUAGUGUCCUGUUCAGUUCUAUGCCAGGUCACACAAUGCACGCGACGCCCAUGGUGGUGCGGUCCGUGCAGGCGGGGCCCACGGGCGCGCCUAGUGCGCCGCCGCCCUGGGCACGCGCACAACCGUCCACCUCCACACCCGCGCAGCCCCCUAACUCCCUACCCGCGCAACCCCCUAACUACCCACCCGCGCAACCCCCUAAUCCUCCACCCGCGCAACCCCCUAAUCCCCCACCAGCGCAACCCUCUAAUCCCCCACCCGCGCAACCCCCUUGGUUACGCGUACAACCCCCUAACUCCCCACCCGCACAACCCCCUAACCCCCUGCUCACACAACCCCCCGCUAACCCCACGCCCGAGGGAGAGGAUACGUCUGAAGACGGAGACAUUGUAAUGUCAUCCUACCUGGAAUUCUUUGGGCCUCCCGUGGCCUCGAGCACCUGGUGUGAAGGCCGAGACUCCACCUCCCUCGUCGUGCUGUGCACGGCCGCGGCCGAAGAGUCCGUGUGGUACAUCAAGACCAGCGUGCAACAGUGGUACUUGCUGGUCUGCGAUGAGGAAAAACCACCAGCGGAGGCCGAAUACUGGGCGCUGAGGCCUAGGUUCCGGCUUGCACUACCGGGCACCGAAGGGAACCACGAGGGGGAGGGGGACCCUGCCGCGAAGAGACCCAAGAUGUCGGCCUCGGACUCGAACCCCGCACCCGAGGCAGCGCCCGCCGUCAAAACUAGUUACCUGAAAGUGAAGGCGUUCGCCCGGAUGAUGCCGGACCCCGAGAAGGCCCGGAAAGAGGCCGCCGGGCCCCGGGAGGCCGAGGCCGCCAGGCCCCGGGAGGCCGGGAAGCUUCAAGCACCCGCGAGAGUGUACGUGAAUAAUAUGAUCUACCAGAAGAUGAGUGAUGACCCGCUCUUCUAUGCCAAGUUGGUGGUGGCGGUGCCGAGCACGGCGGCGUGCCGGGCGCUGCUGGCGCGCGGCGCGCCGCUGCAGGUCUACUGCCUGCGGACCGGCAAGCUCUACCCUCUAGAGGCCGAGUCAAAGAAGGACGUAUCCCGUAUAACCCUGACCGGAGACGAGGAGGUCUCGGGGGCAUUGGUGGCUCUGGCCAAGCUACUCUUCCGUCCUGACGGGAGGGGGGGGACAGCACAGGAUUCAUACAGAGGCGGGGAAGAAGACGGAGACCAUAUGACCCAGGUCCGAGACGCCGCGGAGCACAUUAUCGAUGUCUUAGAAACUAACCAGCAAACUGGGCAAGACGUCCAGCAAGCUGGGCAAGCCAUCCAGCAACCCAGCAAUCCAGCCAGCCAGCUAGAUCAAUCCAGCAAGGACCGCGCGACGGCCAACACAGCACACUCGCUGCUGCUGAACAUACUCGCACACAAGACCGUUCAGAUACAGCCCUGCCCGGGCUCCACGGUGACCACGGUCACCACCGUCACCACGGUGGCGCCACCACCGCGACCACCGCGACCGCCGGUCACCAAACCCGGUGAGGUCAUCGAACUCAGCGACGAAGACUGA